CUUAGUUACAGUGAUAAUGUGAGGUGCUGUGGGAGAAUGCUCUCCAUGGAUUACCUGAAAAGGAUUAUUUAACACAGUCCAAACAAAAAUGAAACCUUGGUAACAUCCUGUGUUGCCAGCCAGCGUACAUUUUUGGGAAAUUUAGUUAAUCGUCAACUUCAGGUCAUAAUGAGACUGAAAACACUAGACUGGUCAGACAAGGUUCUCCUAUCACUAAUGGAGAACGAUAUUUAUAGAAAAAUUCUCUAGGACUUAGAUAUUUCUCAGCAUCCUGAAGCAAAAUGUUUCGUCUUGGACAGUCCUUCAUAUGGUGUGUUUUACUAUCUUCGUGUAUGUCAGCUUGGAGCUUGGAGAUGACUGAAUAUGACAAUCAAGACGUUAUUUGUUCACAGGGCCUCUCUGAUUGCACUUUGAAGAAUGAAAUGUUCCUCCUGAUCACUGAGAAUGACGUUGUAGAUAUCGUGAACCUGGUGCCAAAGGUGAAACUGUGCUGCAAAGAUAGAUCAUGUAUACUGUGUCUGGCCAUCGACAUCGAAGUUGAUAUUCAUCCAGAUAAAGUCGUGGAGAGUCACUCUGCACUUGGAGAAGAUGAUUACAGUGGGGAUGCAAGGAAUAUGACAGGCUCUUUGUCAGUGUGUUACCUAACACCUCAAAACCUGCCCAUGUGCAACAAGGUGGAGUUUACGGUCAGUCAUGCAGCUCUUUCUCACCACAAUAAAGAACAGAUAUCUAUGGUGAUUACUGAACCAGAGGGGGUUUCCUUCGGCAGUCAAGUUUUGCUUUAUUCACCUAAAGCCAGUCUAAAUAAAGAGGUUUUUGUGCCUUCUCUAGUUGAAGUUUGUUCCCUGGAGCUAAAGGAGUUUAUAGAAGAUUGCCAUGUGCCCAUAUUUAGGCACAAGGUUGACCAGGAACUGAAACAGGUUGAGCUGCAUUUUUCUGACAGUAACACAAGCCUCCCCUCCAUGUGCAUCCAGAAUGAGAGUAAUGGGAAAUGCAAGCCAUGGAACUGGUUGACUAUUCCCUUGUACUCAGUCACUUCCUGCACAUGUAUUGAGGUUUGGGAUGAGCAUGAUCAGAUGUCGGUGCGCGCUAAAAAAUGCCCUUUUAAACACCAAGAUAUUUUCCAGAGGAACGUAUGGGAGAAUCUAUCAGUGUCUGUCCACCAGGGUCAAAUGAACGACAAUGGCUUGAUGCUGCUGUGGAACUUGUCUGCCCCCUGCAGGCUGGAAGGUGUAGUGUGGGCCUGUGAGAGGACUGGAGGGCCCAAACUGAGCAGCUGCAGGGAAAUAAAAGGCUUUAGACAGAAUUUUACAAGGGAGAACUGGAUACAAAAUGAAAGGGGACUUUGGGGGAAAAUUGGAGUGUUUGAACAAAUUGAUCUCCAGAAAUGCCCGUGCAUGAUGGUGAAAGUAAAGGGAAUGAACCAUGAACUGGGUCCAGUCUGCUAUCGUAACACUGACAGGUGGCGCUGGAGUCUCUUUGCUGUGGCUGUGAUUUUUCUCAUUUGCUUGACUAUACUGAUAUUUUAUCUUCUUCGGAACUUUGUCAAGAGAUGGGUUUGGAGUUGCCGUCAUGGAGGAUUUGUAAAGAUUGGCAAAAAGGGUUGUGUGUUGUUGCUGAGUCCUCCAGAUGCAGAUGGAGCUGCUUCAGCGUUGGUGUGUGGGCUCGGCUCUCUGCUUUGCAACCAAGGCUUCAGUGUGACCGUGGACCAGUGGAGCAGGAAAGGGCAGUGGACCAGUGGACCUCUGCAAUGGUACUACUCUCAGAUGCUGAAUAUGAACAGCCAGGGUGACAGAGUUGUGCUCGUUUUGACCCCGAAAUCCUUGGAGAGAGCAGAGGAAUGGACUGAUAAACACAACAAAGCCAUCAAGUUAGAGGAUCGUAGUCUUCCUCAGACAGUGUCCCCUUACUCUGAUGUGUUCACAGCCUCACUGUUGGACAUUAAAGCGUGCAAGAACAGGGGAAUUGCAAGUGAGCGUUUUCUCCUGGUGAAACUCGACUGCCACUGGUCACAGCCACCAAGCAGAGACAGACGUCUACCAGAGCUUCUUCAGGGGCUGCCUCUUUUCCAGUUUCCUUCCCAGGCUGAUGCUCUGCUGUCUGAACUAACUGUGGGAAGAACAGUUAAUGGACAAAACAGAAAGAUGUGGUCACAGUGGAAACAGCCUCAUUCAGUUGUGUCUGGAGGAAAAGCUAAAGAGGGAGCAGUUCAGCAGAAGACAUUACACUCUAAAUAUUUUGCAGGGGAGAAAAUUUUGGAGGCAGAACCUUUUAAGCUUGUAUAAUGCUGCAAGUACUUAUCUGGCUGCCAUUGUAAAUAAGAAACUGUUUGGCAAUGUAUAUUAUUAUUAUUAUUAUUAUUAUUAUUAUUAUUAUUAUUAUUAUUAUUAUUAUUAUUAUUAUUAUUAUUAUUAUUAGUCUGUGUAUAUGAAGGAUGAGCUUAUCCAAGUCAUGGAUGAGAUAAAAGGUAAAUCUGUCUUUCUUAAAAUCUGUUAUUCCUGUUAGUGUCAUCAAAUAACAAAAAGACCAAACCCAACAAUGCUCUAAUCAAACAUAAUGUUCCUAAUGCGCACAGUGAUAUUGCCUGAGUCCAGAUAACAGCUCCAAGACAUUUCAGUCCUAUUUUUAACUACAGAUCAUUACAGUUUGGGCAUUGCAAGUUAGUGUAGGCUACAGAGUGCUGAAGUUCUGCCCCUUCCAUUUGUGCUCUAUGGGAUCUUAUUAUGGAAAAA